UUGGGUGUUUGAGGUCAUUCAGACCCUCACUCAUUCACUCGAUCGGCGUGAGUAGGAAGAGGACCGGGAAAGCCGCUCACGGCUUUUUUUAUUUUUAUUUUCUGGCAGGGAACGACCGUGACUAUUAGACGGCAGGCCGCAAGAUUGGCUUUUCCUCACUUAUUCGACUCCACGACUGCGCCACACUCGAGGCUAGCAUCGCAGGCUAGCUCAAGGUGUUGAUAGUGGUUUGCCUGGCAGCUCGUUAACCGUCAACGUCGGAGUCCCUGCUGUGGCGUCGAGACGUCCGCAGCCGCGUGUCCGUCCGUGGUGUUGACGCCGCCGGCGUCGAGUCGAGACGAGACGAGACGAGAGCAGAGCACGGUGCUCCGCGAAGUGGCGCCUGCGUCGAUUCAGUUGACACCAUCACACCCGUCUGCCCCCAACCCCUUCACCUCCCGCCCCUCCUCCCGAAACACUGGACAUCCACAAGCGGCCGGGGAGCGGCGAACUGCCGGCGAAGCUGGGGCUGCUCUCGUUACCCGACGCGCACGGAGUCGUAGCGGCUUCGGACAAGCACAGCCGUGGGGAGCUACCGACGAGUAUGGACGGGCUGGCCGUGGAAGUUCGCGGCUCGAAUGGGGCCUUCUAUAAGGGGUACAUCAAGGAUGUCCACGAUGACUCGCUCACCAUUGUGUUUGAAAACAACUGGCAGCCAGAACGACAGUUACCCUUCAGCGACGUGCGGUUGCCGCCUCCAGCCGACUACAACAAGGAAAUUGGCGAAGGAGAGGAGGUGGAGGUUUACUCUCGGGCUAAUGAACAGGAGCCAUGCGGCUGGUGGCUCGCCCGGGUCCGAAUGAUGAAAGGGGAGUUUUACGUGAUCGAAUAUGCGGCAUGCGACGCCACCUACAAUGAGAUUGUGACAGCAGAACGCAUCAGGCCUCUCAACCCCAACAGCCCUUCCUCGCGAAAUUCCUUCCACAAAGUCACCAUCCCUGUCCCCGAGGACCUGCGGGACAUCUGUGCAGGCGACAACAUUCAUAAAGAAUUUAGGAAAGCUAUCGGCGCCAACUGCAUCUUCUUCAGUGCCCAAACACACGAGCUCAUUGUGCUGUCAACAAAUGAAACCACAGUAAAGCGCGCCACCAUUCUCAGCGACAUGCAUUUCCGCAGCAUCCGUACCAAGCUUAUGCUAAUGUCCCGUAACGAGGAAGCCACCAAACAUUUGGAGACAAGCAAGCAGUUAGCUUCAGCAUAUCAGGAGGAGGUUCAUGUCAGAGAGGACCUGAUGGGCCUUGCCAUCGGCUCUCACGGGGCAAACAUCCAGCAGGCCCGCAAAGUACCCGGUGUCACCGCUAUUGAGCUGGAAGAAGAGAGUUGUACCUUCAGGAUCUACGGAGAAAGUCCGGAGGCAGUCAAGCAGGCAAGAGAGUAUCUUGAAUUUAAAGAAGACUACUUUCAGGUACCCAGGAACCUUGUAGGCAAAGUCAUCGGAAAGAACGGCAAAGUCAUACAGGAGAUCGUGGACAAGUCGGGCGUGGUCCGUGUCAGGAUCGAGGGAGACAACGACAAAAAGCUUCCCCGCGAGGAGGUAGGCAGGCAGGGGGCAGGCAGCGACGACACUGCCAGCAGCAAAGAGGGCAUGGUUCCGUUCGUGUUUGUGGGGACGAAGGAGAACAUCAGCAACGCGCAGGCGCUGCUGGAGUACCACGUGUCUUACCUCCAGGAGGUGGAGCAGCUGCGCCUGGAGCGUCUCCAAAUCGACGAGCAGCUCCGGCAGAUUGGGGUGGGCUACCGCGCGCCUCAAAAUCGAACCGUGCCCGCCGGGACCGACCGAGAGAAAGGCUACCUGACCGACGAGAGCAGCAACUCGCUCCACACUUCUCGCACCUACGGGGGGCGCGGGAGGGGACGCAGGGCCUCCAACGGCGUGUACUCGGGAUACGGCACAAACUCUGAGCUGUCCAAUGCCUCGGAGUCUGAGGACCUAAACGAGCGCGACCAGCGGCCCCGCGGUGUUGGCGGAGAGGAGCGAAGUUCCAGACGGGCCGGUCGGGGUCGGGGUGCCAACUCUGGACGAGGACGCGGCGGGCCAGGGUCCAAACCGUCCAACACGAUCAGCUCAGUGCUGAGGGACCCAGACAGUAACCCUUACGCCCUACUGGAUGGCGAGGGGGAGCCGGCUGACGCCGACGUCAGCGAAGGCGCAGGAGACCGCCGCAGACGCUCCCGUCGCCGCCGGAGCGACCAGGAGCCCAGCGUGAUGGACGCCGCGGCAGAGUCGGACGGCCAGGCCGGGCCCAGCGAAAACGGACUGGGAGAAUGGGACCAGCAGCAAAACGGACGAGCAAAGGUCUUCUCAGCGUUCUCCAAGCAAAGGCAUGACACCAGCCAGCGAGACUGUAACGUUGGUCAAUGGCGUCUCGUAAUGAGACCGCCUCACCCCUCGCGAAACCAAGUCUCGAGCAAGAAGACUCCAUGGCAAACUGUCCCUGCUUGCAUUAACUUAAACCUGAAACAAAUGAGUGAAAAGUACCUGACAAAAUUCCCGAAUUCAUACUAUGAGAGUGGAAAAAAACCGACGCAUCAACUUAAAAACCCACGGUGUAUGCUAUAUACUAUCUAUUAGUACUUAGUGCUUAUUUAAAAACACAAAAAAAAACAAAAAGUAGCUUGCCAAAAAAUGACUGGUGGAUAUGACUUGAGUUUUAAGGAAAAUACUGAGACACAGCAAAAACGACUAGAUUUUUUCGUCUCUCUCUUAUGUUGACUUCCUUCAUUGUUUUUCACUGGUUUGGACUGGGCGGCCACAGAUGCGUCUCUUGACAGUGUUGAAGUGCGGGCGCGAGAGGUGUCAACUGUUGCAGAGUGACACACAGGCAGAUAGUCCAAUGGGUCGCAGUGUUCACACUCAGAGGCUGGAAUAUUGAUAGACAUUGUGCCUUGAAUUAAAAAAAGAGGGGGGGGAAAAAAAAAAGAAAAAAAGGAAAAAAAAAAGUUUUUGUUUUCAUCAUGGGAAGAAAAGUGGGAGGUGGUGUUCUGUUUUUAUUUUGGUCCCAAGGAGAGAACUGACUGGUGAGGGAGGGCUAGAGUCACAAAAGUGAGGAAGAAAACAGUAGUACUAGUGGCUGGGGGGGGGGGGGGGGGGGGGGAACAAGUUAGGUGCCAAAUGACAGAUUUCAAGGCACUUUCCUCAUUCCAAAUAGAAUGGACAACAUGGAGGUUCAGAGCAUAGAAAUUGUAUUUAGCAACUGCAAAACUAAACCUGGAGGGCUGAAAAUGUGACACAGCCAAGGCAUCCUAAUUUAUCAGCAAGGGGGUUUGAGGUGAUGCGUCACCUCCUCUUCUCACUUGUUUUGAGGUCCAAAGCGGUGGCCGGGACGCCUUUCUGAACGUGACAAAUAGAGACUUCAACGGUAGACACAAAAGAGAAGUAGCGCUAGCUUUCAGCCACAAUCUCGAAAAACCACGCCGGCCCGUGACUAGUGACUCCAGAUGCACACGUGGGGCGACCUCCUUUUCGGGGGCCGUAUGCUGCCGGUGGGCCAGGCCUGGGUGACUAAGAACUGCUGCGGGGUUGGGACAGCUUCAAAUGAGAUGAGAGCCACAUAUGCGAACACAUACACAAAAAACAGGCGCAACAACAGGUGAUUGCCCGCCUGGCGCAAAAGUAGAGGGGUGCAACACAAGGUGUUUUGGGUUGGGCAAGUGGCGUAAGAGAGGGACUCCUCAGUGGCUCUCUGCUCAUGUUACUGUUGUCUUGGUUACCACUCUUUUUUUGUUGCUAUUUCCACAUCUUAGAAAAUAUGAAAUAAAAAAUGGAAGUGAAAUCAACCCCUAUUCUGGAGAUGAACUUUUGAUUUCUCUGUCUUGUGGGUUUGCAGUCUAUUUUUCUAACUUGCAUGACAUUAAGGCUAACCAUUAGUAGGUGGUGCCGAUCCUGUGCAUGAAGAGAGGAUGUUGUGAAUCUGACUUACAAAGCCAUUGGUUUCAUCCAAUCCAAUUGCUGCUAAUGUCCACGCUGAAUGUCCAAGUAGAGCGAGAGAAGGGCGGUUGUUGGUUCCUUGGCGCGCAACUUCCACACGUUCCCAUACAACAUUAGCAGGGCAACAUUUAGGCAUACCAUGCAAGCAUCCACAUGACCAAAACGUUUUGAGAGGCAGAGAAACGGGAGUGCGUUUGAAUUGAGAUGACUCAUGCUGCUUGUUAGACAUUACUGUUCACCUGUGUGUUGUGUUUUUAAGAGUGUGAGAGAGCACUUGUACCUUUUUUUUUUGUUUCGGUUGCAUGUGCGCGAGUUUGUGUACAUUUAUACCUCAUUGUGUGAGUACUGUAGUCCCUUAUGUAUCUGUAACCCUCAUGUCCUGUUGAAAGGCUGCUGGUUGCAGUGUGUGUGUGCGUGCGUGCGUGUGUGUGUGUGCGCUGGUUGUACAGUCUACUUCUUUGUCAGAUUUUGUCUCUGCAUUCGUGUACUGAUGGCAAUAAAGGACUUUUCAUUAUUUGGUAUAAAAGUUUGACAAACUCA